UCCAAAGUGUUCGGGCGCCCAAUAUCCGCCCAGGCCCACAUGAUAGGAGUAUUGAUCUUAAAUUAAGAGUCCCAGACAUAUAACUAAACCUUUUUAUCUGUUUAUAUUAUAUUUGAAUUAUUCAUAAAUUGAGUAUGUUAUAUAGUCUUCCAAUCCAUUACGUUUAAUGGCACAUAAAACUGGAUAUCCAAAACAAAGGAGUCUCCCUUUUCCCGUGUAGUAGUUUUGAUAGUUGUGUUUAUUGGGGGUAAUUUAGCACAUAGCAUGGUGUGAGUAAAUUCGGCGAUGGGGUGGUUGCGCUUGCGCCGUUGGCGGGGUGAUAAUUAGUCAGUCGUUGGGCAUCGUUUGUUCGUAUUUCGUGAAAUGUAGUUUGUUGUCGACUUGGCGAAAAGUAUCGUCCGGUGCUCGUUUGCCCCCCGUGUCCACUACCCCCACUCAGUGCAGCUACUGGUGUUGUUUUGCGCCGCGCCAAUCUCUAUAGAGUAGGGUGUUGCACCUGGCUCCUUUAGUUGCGUACACGUCGACCAAGUUUUAUCUGCCGUCUCGGCUAGUGCCUGAACCGCAUGAGUUACAAUGAUGUUCCACUGGAGAACGUACUAUAGAGCCGGUACUCUCUUCAAGGAGCUAGUAGUGACCAGAGUGGCAGUGAGGGUAACGUCGCAGGCUCUCUAACGUGUUGUGAUGUGAGGACUCUGGUGAUGGACAUCUGGUUGUUGAUGCACAAUUCACAGAUGGCUAACAAUUUAGUGAAGUGGUGGAAAACGAAGUUUCUCAACGGAUAUAAACAAUUCUCAGUCGAGUGUGGCGAUGGUAAGGUGUCCGAUACGGAAGAACUUCUAGGCCGAUUAGGGUCAGAAGUUGACGGUAAUGAAAGGUUGAGAUCAACAACACCACCUUUGCCAUCGCAAGACGAAACCGUUCCUACGCCAACACCCGACGAUGCCUCAAACACGCCGAAAAAGCAGCCUCAACACCAUCUCAAUUUUGAGGAAUUUUCCUGUGACGUGUCGGUGGAAGGCGGGGAAAAGUCAAAGUCGGGGCAGGAGCGACAGGAAUUUUCUUUCACGCUGUAUGACUUUGAUGGAUACGGGAAAAUAACUAAGGAUGACAUUGCCGGUUUAGUAACGACAAUUUACGAAGCUUUAGGAUCGUCAGUUAAAGUGCCCCAUUACGGCAGCAAAACAAUUAAGGUUAAACUUACCGUAUCACCCGACCAGCGUAAGCACGUAAGUGCUACAAUCAUCAACCAAAAAGACAAUAACGAGGAAAAAACGCAAGAAACUAGUAUACGAUAUAAAAGAGACUUAAACGUGACCAUAAGACAAGGUAUUAACGAAAAACGGAAACACGGUAGAAGACAAUCGAAACCAAAAACACCAAAUAAAAAGCACCAGUGUUGUAACAAACACGAGGAAGAAGACCAAGAAAAUCCCUUCGUAUCGGAUGACAGCUCGGAUGCUUGCAGUCGAAUAUCCGGAAACUUAACCAGCGACGAAGAGGAAGGAGAGUGUUCGGAUAAUGAACGACAUAAACCAAAAAAGCAUCAAAAGAAAUGUCACAGAAGCACCAGCCCUAGAUAUACUAUACCAAAUUUAUUUAUAAAAGACGCAAAUAUCUGCAACGAAAAUAACUGCUCAAAGAAAACGCCGAAGAAGAGGUCGGGCUCCUUGCAGCGCCAGGAGCUGCUCGAAAUCAUACAGGCCAACAUGGACAAGAAUAACCUAGGUUUUCAAACGCCGAGAAAACAUUCCAACCAUGUUAGCACGCAGACGCGUCAGCUGGAGGGCCCCCACAAGUCUCAGUCGAAGAGCCCCAAGGUGUCCCCGUCCCCCCUGCAGUACCUGGCGAACAUCGUGGACCCGACGCACUUCUACGUGGACUUGGCGUCCCUUCAGAACACAACCCAACUCCCCCAAACCCACUGCCAGUACGACAAGCUGAUCGACGCCGUGAUGUGCGUGUCGAAUAAAAAAAUCUCGUUAAACAAACAAAAGUGUCGAAAGCACCGCGUUAGGAACGACCUCGCCGAUAUCCGGUACCAGUUUCUCCAAUAUCCGAUGACAAACGACGAGAACAAACUGAACAAACCGAACAAAAGAACGCCAAAAAAGAGUGUUAGUGAUGUGAAAAAGAGCCCCCAUGUCGUGACGGGGCACACGUCCUCGCCGCACCACCUGCGCCACAAGAACCGCCAGGAGGACCAGGCCCGCGCCAUGGCGCAGGUGGUGCGCUGGCUGGAGCAGGAGUUCUCGUCGAAUUUGAACACGAAGGAGAAGGCCAAAGGCAACCACUUCCACUCCACGAAGGAGAAGACCACCAGCGCGCCCUCCAGCCCCGGCUCGGGGGUCGAGCGCCACGAGCACCACCACGUGCACGAGCACAUACACCACCACUACCACCACUACCAGGAAACGCCGCUGGUGGUAUAGCGCUGGCCGUGGGUGCGCCUAGAAUUACGAGGGACCACUUCGGAUGCCUUAGAGGUUCAAGUUCCUGAUAUUUUUUGAAUCUUGACUUUGAUAAUACUCCGUUAACUAUAGGAUGUGUAUAAUUCGUAUGACUAGUCUGUAUUAUUGUGUAAGUAAGGUAAUUGAGUAUUUAUUAAAUUAUUUUUUAAUUUUAUUGAUAUUGCGUUACUACUUUUGUUAUUUCACAGUCAGUAUUGAUAUAUUUUUAUGUUAGUGAUUGUCAAUAGUAUUUAUUGAAUGUCUUGCAUCGUAACGUGCCUAAUUUAAAAUGCAAACUACUACCUCUGUACAAGUACUAAUUUAUAAUAAUGUAGGCAAUAAGGCGACAAAUUCAUUAUUUCAGGGAUGCGAGGUGUAAAUAGACUCACUCUACUUGGAACUUCCCUGAUUCAAAGUCUGACUACGAAAGGAACUAUUUGUAUUAAUGAUUAUAUAUAGUUUAUAUUAAUAAACUAUUUUAGUUA